UCUCUCUCCCCCCCCGACACACACACACACACACACUCGCAGAGCCGGAGCUGCCGCAAAGCCCCGUCCUCCAGGGCUUCCCAAGCACCGUGUUUGCUUCACCCUCUAACAAUAUCCUCCAGUCGAGGGAGCGCAGCGACGGACGCGUUGGACCGACGCUCGUCGUGUGGGAGCAGCGAGCGGCGACGACGACGACCCCGAGCGCCAACCGUCGUCGGUUUACUGAAGCGGAGAGAAAAGAGAAAAGCGACGACGACGACGACGACGGCGACACUGUCAGAUGUACGCGGAGACAAGCGCGACGUGAACGGAUUCUGGGUUUGCGGGUCAACGAGCUUUAACCCUUUAAUCCACCGCUCAGCGCCGCUGCUCGGGCUGACUCCGCGUCUCCGCGGGGGGACAAUGAGAGCGGAGCGGCCCCGUGGCUGACCGUUAGUGUUAUCAUCGUUGGUAUUUAUUAUUCGUAUUGCUGUUAUCAUCGUCAUUGCUCUCGUCGUUCCGCUCCUCUUCAAUGCGGUCGGGACCGCGGCGGCGGCAGCAGCAGCAGGCAGCUCGGUGCGGCGUUCAAGUGCACCGGCGGAGUCGGAGGAGACAAUAGGUGAAACACGCGAGACUGCGCCAAAGAAACGACCACGACCGGUCCGCAUCCGCCCGGCGCGUCCCCGAGAGUGAAGUGACAGCCGGCAACAGGGAAGGGAGCUGCUGCAUCGCGAUGGCGGCCGUAGUGAACUACUCGCCACCUUGGUGGGUGAACCUGCUCCACCGGUUGCCUCAUUUCAACAUCGAAUUCCAGCUGGUGAGCAGUGACUUCAGACCCGAGGACUCCGAGUAUCAGAAGUCCGUGUUGCUGCUCGGCUCUGUGGCGUUGCUGUGCUUGGCCCUGGACCUCCUCUUCCUCCUCUUCUACUCGUUCUGGCUCUGCUGCCGGCGACGCAAGAGUGACGACUCCUCGCACUCCCACACGCACGCGCAGCAGCCCAGCGCCGACUGCUGCUGCACGGCCUGGUGCGUCAUCAUCGCCACGCUCGUCUGCAGCGCUGGCAUCGCUGUAGGCUUCUACGGAAAUGGGGAGUCGAGCGAUGGCGCCAAUCGCUUGGCAUACUCCCUUCGUCAUGCCAACCGCACCGUGUUCGGGGUGGAGAAGCUGGUGUCCGACAGCGCCCUCGCCUUAAACCAGACGGUGGAGGAGAACCUGGUCCAGUUGGAGACGGCCUUCGAGGAGCAGAAAGACUACGUGUCCAUCGUCCAGAAGCUGCAGGGCCAGCUGGACGAGCUGGUGAGGCUGAUGGUGGACGUCCCCUUCUGGUCCAACACCGACGUCUCCCUGGAGGAUUUGGCUCGCAAGACGGAGGUGUUCGACUUUUACAGGUGGUUGGGUUACCUGAGCCUGCUGCUGUUCGAUGUACUCAUUUGUCUUCUGGUGCUCUUCGGCCUGAUCCGCAACUCCAGGGGCGUUCUCAUCGGAGUGUGUCUGCUGGGGGUGCUGACUCUGAUAAUCAGCUGGGCGUCUCUCGGCCUGGAGCUGGCUGUCGCUGCUUCCGCCAGCGACUUCUGCGUUUCCCCGGAUACCUACGUCACCAGGGUAACCAAAGAGAACGCUGUCAUCAACCAAGAUAUCCUGCAGUAUUACCUGAUGUGCAGCCCUGGCCAAGUGAACCCCUUCCAGCAGAGGCUGUCGGGGAGUCACAAAGCGUUGGUGGAGAUGCAGGACGAUGUGGCAGAGCUACUGAGAUCAGCAGCACGCGAUUACGCCAACACCAAGGGGAGUCUUGAGCAAAUCCAGUCCGUGCUGAAUUCCACGGAGGUUGGUCUCCACCAGCUGACCGCUCUGGUCGACUGUCGCAGCCUCCACAUGGACUACGUUCAAGCGUUAACCGGCCUGUGCUAUGACGGAGUCGAGGGCGUCAUCUACCUGGUUCUCUUCUCCUUUGUCACUGCUUUGAUGUUCUCCUCCAUUGUGUGCAGCGUGCCACAUACCUGGCCUGGCAAGAGGACGGAUGAGGAAGACGGAGAGGACGAGUCGGGCGUCUCGCGCGGCGGCGUGCACGAUAACCUGUACCGCGUUCACAUGCCCAGUCUCUACAGCUGUGGCUCCAGCUACGGUAGCGAAGCUAGCCUGCCCGCCACAGCCCACACUGUCAGCAAUGCCCCCGUCACUGAAUACAUGAGCCAGAACGCAAACUUUCAGAACCCUCGGUGUGAGAACACCCCCCUGAUUGGCAGGGAGUCCCCUCCACCCUCUUACACCUCUAGUAUGAGAGCCAAGUACCUGGCCACCAACCGACCGGACCAGAACCGACGCUCCGUUCCCAACGACCAACUGGACCCGGCUAGCCGGCAUCACCCCGCCGCCCGGCCACAGUCGUCAGUCCACUAGAUUACCAGAUGCCGAAUAACCCCGUCCCUCCCCCAGUACUGCCUGAAUCCAGUUCUCACAGCCAACGAGACCCACCAGAGCUCAGUCAAGGUCGACUGAACUUCACUUCAACAACAACCGGUUCACCGAGAAACACCACAGCGCAUCAGGACUGCACUUUGAAGGUCCACGACUACUGCUCACCCACAGUUGUUCGGAAAAACGGUCAAAGUUCAUCCGGCAAGAUCAUUUCAUUCUGCCUCUCGAUCGCUCAUCCUGAGCUGCUCAGUCCACCACUGCUGUGAUGGACUAGCGCACAUACAAUACCCACAAUGCACAGCAACUGAAGCCCCCGGCUCCUUCUCCUCCACAGUUUCUCCUUCUACUCUCCAGAUAUCUCCUCCUCCUCCUCCUCCACAGGGAUCUGUACACUGCCCCCCGGUGGAGACAGCCACGCCUCUCUCACCACUCAACCCCUGAUUCUCCCUUAACACACACACACACACACACACACACACACACACACACACACAAAUGCACACACAAACACACACCGUGUACAGAGUUGUAAAUAGUAAACGUGCUUAAUUCUGAUCUCAUGAAAAGUAGAACCAUUACUGGUAACGUGGUGUGAUGUGUGUCUAUCUGGAAACUGUUGCUGUAUCUCUCACACACACACACACACACACAAACACACACACACACACACGCUGAAAUAGGCAGAUAGUUGAACUGAACGCUCAUCUGUAUAAAUAAUAAGACGGUGAAUCAGAAAGCCAUGUUUAGAUAGAAACUCACAUUCUCUCUUCAGCGUAACGUCGGUGUCCAACUUGAGACUUGAAUCGUGAAGCUGCGACAGUGUGUCCACGCCCGGCCUCUCCGUUGCCUGUCUGCUAAUGCAUUUUUUGAACACGAGCCAGGAAUCCUGUUGCGGAGUAACCGCUUUGGAGGUUUUUUGGGGGGAAAUGGAGAGCGAGACAGAAAGGACAUAAGGAGGCUCAACCUGUGCCAAAAACUCUGAUUGUGAAUACGAGGGAUGCCCGAUUCUGUCCCUCUUCUCCUGCUGCCUCCAGACGUCUAAGGGGGAAAAAACCCUGCACAUCUGGAAUGUUUUCUCUGGAGUGUAAAAAUAAAAAGGGAACAGGAGAGACACUUGAACACGGGGAAGCGACGGACAGAUCACUGCGACAACACAUAUUUGCCAGGUGCUAACUAAAGCCCGUCGAGGUCCCGGGCGACGACGACGAGCACUGAGAAGGGACGAAGACCUGUUUUGUUACUAUGAUGUUUGUUUGUUUUCAUUCAGGGAUGUGAUCAGGAAUAUAAACCAAGAUUUGGAAAAAAAAAAAGGAACAGCUUUCCAUCUUUACUGAAUGGAAGUUGUGCCCCUAAACCUGACAAAGAAAAAUCAUGUCCCUGAUAAGUAUAGUUACAUAAGUGUUUCAGAAUUAAGGACAGUGGGUGUUUUUUUUUUUAUGUUUUAUCAUAAUCGGACAUCCGGGAUGUAAAACUGUGACCAACUGAAGUGUUCUGAUUUUUUUUUGUUGUUGUUCUUCUUCUAUACUGUUUCUUAAUUCCUUUGCUUUUAUUUUGUUAACCGGGGACUGGUGACCGUCAGCCACUUGGUCGUGGUGUUUUUUUAAAUGCUAUUUUUUGAUUUUAAUUUUAUUUUUUACCCACAAGCACAAAUUCUCUUCAAGGUGACAUUGUGAGAUGGAGAAGUGAAACACUGCCUGGAGCACUGCCAGUGGUUUUUCCUCCGACUCGUAAACUCUUGUGUACAGUGUACAAAAACCCUAGUCGUUGACCUGUGUGUGUGUGUGUGUGUGUGUGUGUGUGUGUGUGUGUGUGUGUGUGUGUGUGUGUGUGUGUGUGUGUGUGUGUGUGUGUGUGUGUGUGUGUGUGUGUGUGUGUGUGUGUGUGUGUGUGUGUGUGUGUGUGUGUGUGUGUGUGUGAUUGUGUGUGUGUGUGUGUGUGUGUGUGUGUGUGUGAUUGUGUGUGUGUGUGUGACAUCACUGCAGAGUGUUUGGCUGUUGCUCUAUCUCAGUGUUUCAAUAUGUGUGUAUAUACAGUGAUCGGUGUGUCUGAGCGGCUGGAGUCAUUCCUCACCACAGAGCCGCUGCACGCACGCACACACGCACACACACACACACACACACACACACACACACACACACACACACACACACAUUAACACACACACGCACACACACAUUCAGUACAGACUGACUGCAGCGUCAUUGUGAAACCCACCUCUCCCUGCUUCUGUCCUUGUUUACGUUCACAUCUAGAGCCGUAGUGUAACUGCACGCCCCUCCCACAGCUGUGACAUCACACCCGUAGCCAUGUUGCAUCGUGGGUGAUGUAGUUCAGUAGGAAGUAGCUACAUUUCCUUGAGAACCCUUCAACACCCUUCAACCACCAUUCCUGUACAGCAUUUUAAUAUUUUCCGAUUAAUCAAAUGACCACUUCUCGUAAUUAGCGAGACAAUCGUACAUGUGUGAUUUUACAAGGAAGAAAAAAUGUCCAUGUUAUGGUAACAAUGCUACCUAUGGUCUAGUAUUUUACAGUGUUUUUCUUUUCUUUUCUUUGCACCAUUGAUGCAAACAAUGUUAAGAUCUGUGGGACUAGUCACUGAUUAAUGGCCUUUCAUAAUGUUUUUAAAAACUCUUACAGCACAUCAUAUCACAAUUAUUUUUAUUUCUCUUCCGUCUUGUAAAAAAAAAAAAUCAAAGUUUAAAGAUAAAAUACUAGCUAGCUGUUUUGUAGGAGAAUAAAGGCAAGAGCAGCGUUUUUCCUCUCUUAAUUAAUGGUGAAUGACUCUCUGUCUUGCGAUGUUUUAAUAAAACUAUUCCAGUGUAACUCUGCAUUCCUGGUUUUAAAAGCUGUAUUUGAACUCCUGCACGACGCCCUGUGGGACGAACCCGACCUGGUACAGGACGAAUCGACGGGGAGCGCGGGCGUGCGUGUGUGUGCGUGUGUGUGCGGUACGUUUACUCACAGGACUUCAAAUACACCUCUGUCCCAGACGUGACGGACAAACAAUGUUUUUUCUAUGGCUGUUUUUAUUUUCCGAUGGUUUAACUAAGAUAUUAACGAUGAUGUACAUGUCAAAACUGUGGUAACGAUCUCAUUCAGCCUGGAAUAAAUGUAAAAGAAAAAGAAAUUAAAGCAAAUUUAACGUAC